AUUGCCGAAAUUAGUUAUCAGACUUAAAAAGAAUCAAUUAUGUUGAAGUGCUUCUUAAUUCUGUCCGCGAUUUGUUGUUGUGUUAACACACAAAAUCGAGAUAUCGUGAUCUCAAAUAAUGGUGUGUAUCAUCAAUUGAACCAUCCAAAGGAGGCCAUGGAGAAUUCAUCCGAACCGAAUUUCAUAACGAUCAGAUCAGGAAAAAAUCCUUUUCUUAGAAGCAUUUUCGGAUUCAGACGGGGGAUCGCUCAAUUUCAUCAAGCAUCGAAUGAUCGAUCACGUAGAUAUUGCUGUGGGGUUGCAAAAGCAGGAGUUCGAGGCCUUCGACCUGUCCCUUCAGUCCUUCCACCUGCUGUUCCUCGACCUCCACCAGGAUAUCCUAUCCUACCUCCGCGAACGCCGCCAAUAACUUCUCGACUUCGUCCUUCACCACCAGCCUAUCCUAUCCUAUCUCCGCCAAUACCGCCAGUAACUUCUCGACUUCGUCCUUCACCAGGAGUCUAUCCUAUUCUAUCUCCUGGACCACCGCCAGGAAAUUCUCGACUUUAUCCGUCACCAUCUCGUAUCCGUCCUGUCUCCUAUCGUGGAUGAGUCGUGGAUGAGUCGUGGAUAAAUCAUUUUUGAGUUGGAAAGUAAUAUUUACAAUUCAGUAAUUCCAUUAUGAGUAUUUACUUAGAAUAAUCAGCAAGGAAGUAUCUGUUAUCCUUGAAUGCAUCUUAUCAAUAAAUCGAAAAAUUAAGGUUGAUUGAUCAAA